CACAGAGUGUCUUUAGCAUGUCGACUUCCGCGACUUGGAGCAUUUCAGUCUCUACCCUUGCCUCCGCCCUGGACUUCUACUGACCGUCCCUCCUCCCUGCCGAAGAAAGAAGAUGAGUGGGAGCACUGAGGACGUCAAGGCUGUGACCUGCACAGUCAAACCUCCGGUCUACCUGCAGAUCGGAGACAUCAAAACAGACACAGCUCACUCCGGGAUUUGUGUCGUCGACGUCACCCUCCCCUUUGGAAAACCUGCCAGUAUUGAGGAGAUCACCUUUAAGAACUACUAUACAGCCUAUGUAACUGUGCGCUUGUUGAGGAGGAGCCCCGGGCAGGAGGCCCCUGCUAAGUGGUGCACCGCUCUGAGAGACCUGCCCCUGAUGGACAACCCCCAUACAGAGGCAGGCUCCCAAGACUACUACUCCAUUCACAGGACACAGAUGCAGGUGGAGCCAGAUCAUGUGGUGUCUGUGCGACUGAUCCUGAGACAGCCGUCCUCUGCCUGGCUAACCUUCAGCCUCGAAGAGAUCAAAAUAUACCCUCAUAUGGAGCCGGACCCAGACAAGGAGGUUUCUGAUUGGCUGUCUGACCUGACCCUGGUUGACCAACACCUUGACCUGGAGGGCCUCCCAGACCCCCAGACUGUAUCAUCCAGUAUCCAGCAAAUGUGGGCUCUGACUGAGGUGAUGCAGACCAACCAGACCACAGCCUCCAUUGGACGAUUUGAUGUGGAUGGAUGCUACGAUAUCAACUUGCUCUCCCUGACGUAACGUGGCCGUCAUGCGCUUGCGUGCACACGAAGCUCACUUUAUGGAAAACCGCAGUUCGGUAAUGGAAGGAAUAACGACGACCUUUAUAAAAAUACGAUAUCGUCUGCUUUGCUUUGGAUCCAUUAACAACAGUUAAGAGAAGAACAAAGAAAAAGUUUUACGUACAUGUUGCCAGAAUGGCUGCUUUUUUUUAUAUGACUGACUUAAGAGAGAACUAUCAUGAUUUAAUUUAUUUUGACACAGUUUUUUUUGUUAAUUUUCUGGUCAGAACACAACUCAAUCAGUGCCAGUGUCCCUGAAAGUACAGUCGUAACUGCACUUUCAUUUGUAUUGAUGUAAGUACGGUUAUUUAUUGAGCUAAAAAUUAACCUUAUCCAGCAACACCUCUCAAAUCCUGCAGUGUGAAACUGUAGUACUGUAAAUAGUAUUAUUGUGUGGUAUCGAUGGUUGGCAUUGAAACAACUGGACGACGUGUCCCUUUAAUUGGUGGACUUGUGUUUCGGUCCAGGAUGACGGGCUGCAGGAGGUUUUAAUGAGUCCCAUUCAUUGUGUAAACAAACUCUCCACCAUCAAGACUUUGAAUGUUUAAUCAUAUAGGUAACAAGGGGAACGUGUAGCAUAAUGUUUUUUUAAAUCUGCCCACAGUGAAACUCGUGGUGGCAGCAUCAGAUUAUUCAAGAGGUGUGCGUAUGCGCUGUUCUAUCUUUGUGAGGACCGAUUCUUUCAGUUCUUCGUAGGACUGUUGAUGUUAAAUGUUUAAUUUUUGGCCUGAGGUCUGGUUGCUGGAGGUUGAGAUCAGGGUAAGCCAUGUAGUCGUGAUAGUUAGGAUACAGGUCAGGAGCUGAGCCGUGCAUUGUGUCAGCGGGGGUCCUCACAAGUAUCGAAGUAAAACUGUGUUGCGUAUGUUAGAAUGUUUGAAUGAAAAGUGACAGAACUAGACCGAAGUGGACUUUCUGAAAAUGUUUUUAUAAGCCUGUACGGUUAUUUGCAGAUCCCGUUGC